AUGGAGGGCCCGCCCUCCUCCCGUGGCUGCACCUCCAGCCCCACCCCGUCUGCUCGUCCUCAGGUGAAGUUCGGCAACACUACCUUUAAGACGGACGUGUACCUCAAGUCGCUGAACCCCCACUGGAACUCGGAGUGGUUUAAGUUCGAGGUGGACGAUGAGGAUCUGCAGGACGAGCCGCUGCAGAUCACCGUGCUGGACCACGACACCUACAGCGCGAACGACGCCAUCGGCAAGGUGUACAUCGACAUCGACCCUCUGCUGUACAGCGAGGCCGCCACCGUCAUCUCGGGCUGGUUCCCCAUCUACGAUACCAUUCACGGUAUCCGUGGAGAAAUCAAUGUCGUCGUCAAAGUAGACCUUUUCAAUGAUUUAAAUCGAUUUAGACAGUCCUCGUGUGGGGUGAAAUUCUUCUGCACAACAUCCAUCCCCAAGUGUUACAGAGCUGUGGUCAUUCAUGGGUUUGUGGAAGAACUUGUGGUCAAUGAAGACCCAGAGUAUCAGUGGAUCGAUCGAAUCCGCACACCCAGGGCAUCCAAUGAGGCCAGACAGAGACUCAUCUCCUUAAUGUCAGGUGAGCUGCAGAGGAAGAUUGGCCUGAAAGUCCUGGAGAUGCGCGGGAACGCGGUGGUCGGGUACUUGCAGUGUUUUGAUCUGGAGGGCGAGUCGGGGCUCGUGGUCCGAGCCAUCGGCACGGCGUGCACGCUGGACACCUUAACGAACCCAGCCACCUUCCUCCCGACGUGCCACUCCCCCUCCAAAGAGAUGAAGGAGUCUCCGCUCGCCCACCCCGCAAACAGCCACGGAUGCCGCUCGACUCAUAACAGCCCAAUUCACACUGCCUGCGGCUCCCGACUCACCCAGAACCUCUCUGUGUCUGUCCCCACUCUCAUCUACACUGGAAUGGGCAGUGCUGGGAAGGACGGGCCUUUCAAAGCGCUUCUGAGACAACAGACCCAGUCAGCGCUGGAGCAGAGGGAGUUUCCGUUUUUUACCUUAACGGCCUUCCCUCCCGGAUUCCUGAUACACGUGGGUGGUGUGGUCAGCGCUCGGUCUGUGAAGCUGUUGGAUCGCAUACACAACCCUGACGAACCGGAAACUCGAGACGCCUGGUGGGCAGAAAUCAGACAGGAAAUCAAAUCCCACGCGAAGGCAUUAGGCUGUCACGCCGUGGUGGGCUACAGCGAGUCAACCAGCAUCUGUGAGGAAGUGUGCAUCCUGUCCGCCUCGGGCACCGCGGCCGUGCUGAACCCUCGCUUCCUGCAGGACGGCGUGCUGGAGGGCUGCCUGGAGCAGAGGCUGGGAGAAAGCCAGCCCCCCGGCUGUGGAUUCUGCCACACCCCUUACGAUGAGGUGAACACGCCGUUCCCCGCGCACCUGGCGCUGUGCUGCUGCUGCCGCCGGCAGAAGGUGCCCGACGUCCUGCUCACCACCAUCGACCUCCCCGCACAGGCCGCGGUGGUCGGGAAGGGCUGUCUGAUUCAAGCCAGGUUGUGUCGCUUGAAAAAGAAAGCCCAGGCAGAAACGAACGCCACGGCCAUCAGCAACCUCCUUCCGUUCAUGGAGUACGAGCUGCACACCCAGCUGAUGAACAAGCUGAAGCUCAAGGGCAUGAACGCCUUGUUCGGCCUGAGGAUUCAGAUCACCGUGGGGGAAAAUAUGGUGAUGGGUUUAGCGUCGGCCACAGGCGUGUACCUGGCAGCGCUGCCCAUGCCAGGUGGCAUUCAGAUCGCUGGCAAGACCCCGGGCGACGGCUCCUACGAACAGCACGUUUCCCACAUGCAGAGGAAGAUCAACGACACCAUCGCCAAGAACAAGGAGCUGUACGAGAUCAGCCCACCGGAAGUGGUGGAAGAGGUUGUAGGAUCACCCAUCCCAGAGCCCAGACAGCGCUCCCGACUUCUGAGAUCACAGUCGGAAAGUUCCGAUGAGGCCGCAGAAUUAGAUCUCUCCCACGGGAAGAAAGAUGCUUUUGUUUUGGAGAUCGACGACACGGAUGCCAUGGAAGAUGUGCACUCGCUCCUCACCGACGUGCCCCCGCCCCCAGGCUUUUAUAGUUGCAAUACAGAGAUUAUGCCUGGCAUCAAUAACUGGACCUCAGAAAUACAGAUGUUCACGUCCGUAAGAGUCAUCCGACUGAGCAGCCUGAACCUGACAAACCAAGUGCUCAACAAGAACUUCAACGACCUGUGUGAAAACCUGCUCAAGAGUCUGUAUUUUAAACUCCGGUCCAUGAUUCCGUGCUGCCUUUGUCACGUGAACUUCACAGUCUCAUUGCCUGAAGAUGAAUUAAUUCAGGUCACCGUCACUGCCGUCGCGAUUACGUUUGACAAGAACCAGGCUUUACAGACCACGAGCACACACACGGAGAAGUCGCUUCAGAGAGGCUCUUCAGAUAAUGAAGAACUUUUGCAGUUUCCGCUGGAGUUGUGUUCAGAUUCUCUUCCUUCCCAUCCGUUCCCGGCAGUCAAAGCCACGUCUGUAGAUGACAGUUCCUUUGCAGACAGAUGCGGCGGCUGGAUAGAGCUCAUUAAACUGAAAGCUCAGAGCAUAAGGCGCGGAUCAAUGAAGACAAGUAGGCGGCUGCUCCCACCCCGCCCCCGGGGAUCUCAGAGGCUUAUCUUGGUUUCCCGUGGUGAAAGCUAGACCCGAUUGCUGUCUUGCCAUUCACUUUCCGACACUGCAGGCAGGCGCUGGCACGCGAGGCUGUAGCCCUGCUAUGGGGUCACUUACGGAGCUACCGAAGGAAGGGCCUGCUCGUGUCUGAUCUCAGCUAGGAAAGCGUCUUGAACAUUUGCUGUUUGUGGUGGUUGUGGUUUGUAAAGCGAGUCUGGAAAAGAAUGGCCGUCCAGAUCUAACCCUUCUACGUAUUGGAGAGAGGUUUCUGGAACCCGGCUAUAGACAUUGGGCAAGCGUGUUCCGCAGGAGGGAAGAGUUCAGAGACUCCCACGCUCCCGCGCUUCUCUGCACCGGCGGCCCUUGGGUCUGGGGUCCGUGUUUUGCAGGGAGCCAUAGUGAAGGAAGGAGUUUUAGAAUCCACGGAAAGGGAAGGAACCGGCCCCGUCUGGUUCUGAAUCUUCCC